GCCUCUGCCCACGUCAUCGCCACUCGUGCGCCCAGCGCGCCCCGCACGCCCAUCGCCUGCUGCUCCGCGCGUGCCGCCAGUCUCCGAUGUCCGCUCUUCAAUCACGCAGCCUCGUGCGCCCGCAGUGCCGCGCGUACCGCCAACAUCCUCGAUCUGCUCCUCAGCCGUGUACCCGCUUGCACCUUGUUCCCUCCGACUGCCAAACGCCAACGCAUCCCAGUCGACGCUCGUGACUCGUUCGUCCAUCGCGUCCCUGUGUGUGGCCUAUUCGGUCCAACCGCGCACAUCAUGGACCGAUGCGCACCAUUCGCCCAUUGGCCGGUCACCCUCGCCUUCUUUGUCACCGCCCGUCCCU